GAAAAAUACUUCCCAUACAACACGUAUAAAAGCCCACACUCAUUUCUCCUCUCGAUUUUAUUCUCUACCCUCACCUUAGGGUUUCUCUUCUUCCACCUCCAAUUCACUGCCUUUUCCCUCACAAAUCCCUAAUUCAACCUUAUUUACCCAUCCAAUUCUCUCAAUUCUCUUUUUCUAAUUAUUCACUUGUAUAUAAUUUCUAGGGUUGCCGAUUUGUUCGUUGUUUGGAUUGCUUGAUUUCGACGGAUACGAAACCAGCAGUGUAAUUCCCCUCCUCAAUUUUAAGGGUUUUUGAUCUUCUUGCUGUCAGAUGCCCAGGAUUACUACCCGAUCCGGUGCCGCGUGAAUCGCGACCACGGAUUUAAUCGUGGCGGUUUAGUUCUUGUAUGGAAACUCGGAGCCGGAAGCGGGCGGAGGCCUCCUCAACAGCCCCUUCAUCUUCCUCCUCCGGUCCUACCACCCGCUCCCAGAAACGCGCUCGCCUCACUGCCGCUGCCACUACUUCCUCUUCCACGACCACUACUGCUGCCACCGCUCCUUCAAUUGCUCUCGCCGCCGCCCCCCGCACUCGCACUACUCGCGCUCAUCCUGCACCCAUGGACUCAACCGCCCCUGUUGAAUCAUCAUCCCGUUCCCGUCGUAACAAAAAUGAAUCUUCCGACAAAGGAAAGGAAAAAGAGCAUGAGGUUAGGGUUCGAGACAAUAGGGAUGUCAGAGAUAGAGAGAGGGACAGCUUGGGGUUAAAUAUGGAAUCCGGAAAUAACAAUCCCAAUGAAGAUGAUGAUAAUGAUAGUGAAGGUGGUGGUAUCGGAGCUUUCCAUCAGAAUUUAACCUCAGCUAGUAGUGCUCUCCAAGGUCUAUUGCGUAAGCUUGGGGCUGGACUUGAUGAUCUGCUGCCUUCAUCUGGGAUGCCAUCUGCUUCAUCCUCGCAUCAAUCUGGGAGGCUGAAGAAAAUUUUAUCAGGAUUGCGAGCAGAUGGUGAGGAAGGGAAGCAGGUUGAAGCCUUAACUCAGCUUUGUGAGAUGCUCUCAAUUGGAACCGAGGAGUCAUUGAGCACCUUCUCUGUGGAUUCAUUUGUGCCAGUGCUAGUUGGUUUACUGAACCAUGAGAGUAAUCCGGAUAUAAUGCUGCUUGCUGCCAGGGCAAUCACUCAUUUGUGUGAUGUGUUGCCUUCAUCAUGUGCAGCGGUUGUGCAUUAUGGUGCUGUUUCAUGCUUUGUUGCUAGGUUGCUUACUAUUGAAUACAUGGACUUGGCUGAACAGUCCCUGCAAGCGCUAAAGAAGAUAUCUCAGGAGCACCCAACUGCUUGUCUGCGAGCUGGUGCUCUUAUGGCGGUGCUUUCUUAUCUGGAUUUCUUCUCGACUGGAGUCCAGCGGGUGGCAUUAUCUACUGCUGCAAAUAUGUGCAAGAAACUCCCGUCAGAUGCUGCUGAUUUUGUGAUGGAAGCUGUCCCUCUGUUGACCAAUCUUCUUCAGUAUCAUGAUGCGAAGGUAUUGGAGCAUGCUUCUGUUUGUUUGACUCGGAUUGCUGAAACAUUUGCUUCAUCUCCAGAAAAAUUGGAUGAACUAUGUAAUCAUGGGCUGGUCACACAAGCUGCCUCUCUUAUUUCCACUAGUAAUUCUGGAGGUGGACAGGCAUCUCUAAGCCCACCUACAUACACGGGCUUAAUUCGACUGCUGUCCACAUUUGCAAGUGGGUCCCCUCUAGGGUCCAAAACUUUGCUUCUCCUUGGAAUCAGUGGCACUCUUAAAGAUAUCUUAUCAGGUUCUGGCGUUUCUGCUAAUUCAUCAGUUCCUCCAGCUCUAAGUAGACCAGCAGAGCAGAUUUUUGAGAUCGUCAACCUAGCAAAUGAGCUUCUUCCACCACUUCCACAAGGAACAAUUUCCCUUCCUGCUAGUUCCAAUAUGUUUGUGAAAGGACCUGUUGUUAAGAAGUCACCUUCAAGCAGUUCUGGCAAACAAGAUGACCUAAAUGGAAAUGUUCCUGAGGUUUCAGCCCGAGAGAAAUUAUUAAAGGAUCAGCCAGAUCUUUUGAAGCAAUUUGGAAUGGAUUUACUUCCUGUACUGAUUCAGAUAUAUGGUUCUAGUGUCAACAGCCCUGUUCGCCACAAAUGUCUCUCUGUUAUUGGAAAGUUGAUGUAUUUUUCCAGUUCAGAGAUGAUUCAGUCUUUGUUGAGUGUCACAAAUAUUUCUAGUUUCUUAGCUGGUGUAUUAGCAUGGAAAGAUCCUCAUGUCUUGGUUCCUGCCCUCCAAAUUGCUGAAAUUCUUAUGGAAAAGCUUCCUGGAACUUUCUCCAAGAUUUUUGUUAGAGAGGGUGUGGUACAUGCUGUCGAUCAACUUAUCUUAGCUGGAAAUCCUAAUCCCACUCCUACCCAAGCAUCUUCUGCCGAGAAGGACAAUGACUAUGUAACUGGAACCUCAUCUCGCUCUAGGCGUUACAAACGUCGCAGUAGUAACUCAAUUUCUGAAGGAAAUGCAUCAGAAGAGUCCAAGACUCUUGUUCCAACAAUAGCUGGAUCACCUCCAAAUUCUAUUGAAAUCCCAAUGGUUAAUACUAAUCUUCGCUUGGCUGUUGGUGCAUGUGCUAAGACUUUCAAAGAUAAGUAUUUUCCAUCUGAUGCUGGGGCCUCUGAGAUUGGAGUUACUGAUGAUCUUUUACAGUUAAAAAAUCUUUGCAUGAAGUUGAAUGCCGGUGUUGAUGACCAAAAGACUAAAGCAAAAGGGAAAUCUAAGGCUUCUGGGUCUCUUGUUGUCGAUAGUUCUGCCAAUAAAGAAGAGUACUUGAUUGGUGUGAUAGCUGACAUGUUGACAGAACUAAGCAAAGGGGAUGGUGUAUCCACUUUUGAGUUCAUUGGAAGUGGGGUUGUAGCAGCCCUGCUGAAUUAUUUUUCUCCUGGUUUCUUUUCCAAGGAAAGGAUUUCAGAAGCUAAUAUGUCCAAGCUUCGUCAACAAGCACUUAGAAGAUUUAAGUUAUUUGUUGGUCUUGCCCUUCCUACUAGUCUUGAUGAAGGGAGUGCAGCUCCCAUGACCAUUUUGGUUCAAAAGCUUCAAAAUGCCUUAUCAUCUUUAGAACGCUUUCCUGUCGUGCUGAGCCAUUCAUCUAGGUCAUCUAGUGGAAGUGCACGUCUUUCAUCUGGACUGAGUGCACUUUCUCAACCUUUUAAGUUGCGUCUCUGUCGAGCGCAAGGAGAAAAAUCCCUCCGUGAUUAUUCUUCCAAUGUAGUUCUUAUUGAUCCAUUAGCAAGUUUAGCAGCUGUCGAAGACUUUCUUUGGCCUCGAGUUCAGCGAAGUGAAUCUGGUCAAAAGCCUUCGGCAUCUGUGGGAAAUUCUGAAUCUGGGACCACCCCUACUGGAGCUGGCGGAUCAUCUCCAUCUACAUCCACUCCAACCACUCGUCGUCAUUCUUCAAGAUCCAGAUCGUCUGUUAAUAUAGGUGAUGCAGCUAGAAAGGAACCAUCACAGGAGAAAAGCACAAGCUCAUCAAAGGGGAAGGGGAAAGCUGUUUUGAAGACUGCCCAGGAAGAGGCAAAAGGUCCCCAAACUAGAAAUGCUGCCCGUAGAAGAGCAGCUCUUGAUAAAGAUGCACAAAUGAAAUCAGUAAAUGGGGAUUCUAGUUCUGAGGAUGAGGAAUUGGAUAUAUCUCCUGUUGAGAUUGAUGAAGCAUUGGUGAUUGAAGAUGAUGAUAUCUCUGAUGAUGAUGAUGACGACGACGAUGACGAUGAUGAUCAUGAAGAUGUGCUGAGAGAUGAUUCUUUACCUGUUUGCAUGCCAGAAAGAGUACAUGAUGUAAAGUUGGGUGAUGCACCUGAAGAUAGCAGCAGUGCUCCAGCAGCAAGUGAUAGCCAAGUGAAUCCUGCUUCAGGUUCUAGCAGCAGAGCAGCUGCUGUGAGGGGCUCAGAUUCUACUGAUUUUAGGGGUGGUAGCUCUUAUGGCUCAAGGGGUGCUAUGUCAUUUGCUGCUGCUGCUAUGGCUGGUCUUGGGGCUGCCAAUGGCAGAGGUAUCAGAGGAGGCAGGGAUAGACAAGGACGACCAUUAUUUGGUGGUUCCAGUGAUCCUCCAAAAUUGAUCUUUACUGCUGGUGGGAAGCAGCUAAAUAGGCAUUUGACAAUCUAUCAGGCCAUCCAGAGACAACUUGUGUUGGAUGAGGAUGAUGACGAAAGGUAUGGUGGCAGUGACUUCAUAUCCAGUGAUGGUAGCAGGCUUUGGAGUGAUAUAUAUACAAUUACAUACCAGAGGGCAGAUGGUCAAACUGACAGGGUUUCUAUGGGGGGUUCGAGUACUACCACCACAUCAAAGUCUGCAAAAACUGGUGGUUCUAAUUUGAAUUCUGACAGCCAAUUGCAGCGGAUGUCACUUUUAGAUAGCAUUGUGCAAGGGGAACUUCCUUGUGAUUUGGAGAAAACUAAUCCUACUUAUAAUAUCUUAGCACUGCUUCGUGUACUAGAGGGGUUGAACCAGCUGGCGCCACGUCUGAGGGCCCAGUUAGUUUCAGACGAUUUUGCUGAAGGGAAAAUCUCAGGUUUGGAAGGGCUGAAUGCUACUGGUGGUAGGGUUUCAGUUGAAGAAUUUAUAAACAGCAAGCUCACCCCUAAAUUAGCUCGUCAAAUUCAGGAUGCCCUUGCAUUAUGCAGUGGGAGUCUUCCAUCAUGGUGCUACCAGUUGACAAAAGCUUGCCCAUUCUUAUUCCCUUUUGAGACCCGUCGACAGUAUUUCUACUCAACUGCUUUUGGAUUGUCUCGUGCACUGUAUCGUCUACAGCAGCAGCAGGGUGCUGAUGGUCAUGGAUCAGCAAAUGAAAGAGAGGUGAGAGUAGGAAGAUUACAACGUCAGAAAGUUCGUGUUUCUCGGAACCGCAUUUUGGAUUCUGCUGCCAAAGUAAUGGAAAUGUAUUCUAGUCAGAAGGCUGUACUUGAAGUAGAAUACUUUGGUGAAGUGGGCACCGGGUUGGGUCCUACCUUGGAGUUCUACACACUUUUAAGUCAUGAUUUACAGAAAGUUGCACUUGGAAUGUGGAGGUCAAAUUCAUCAUCAGGAAAGCCAACUAUGGAAAUCGAUGAAGAUGGUGACAAAAAUGGAAAAGCCAAUAAUGAUUCGAGGGCUGUUGGAGAUGCAGAUGUUGUUCAAGCUCCACUUGGUCUGUUUCCUCGUCCCUUUCCUCCAAAUGCUGAUGCUUCUGAGGGUAGCCAGUUUUACAAGGUUGUUGAGUAUUUCCGGUUGGUUGGACGGGUAAUGGCCAAAGCUCUUCAAGAUGGACGCCUUUUGGAUCUGCCACUUUCAACAGCAUUUUGUAAGCUUGUGCUUGGUCAGGAGCUUGAUCUGUAUGACAUUCUCUCUUUUGAUGUGGAAUUGGGGAAGGUUUUGCAAGAAUUGCAUGCUCUUGUUUGCAGGAAACAUUAUAUGGAAGCUUUAGGAACUGAUAAUCGUGAUGCUAUUGCUGGUUUGCAUUUUCGUGGGACUGCAAUUGAAGAUCUCUGCUUGGAUUUUACCCUUCCUGGUUAUCCCGACUACAUUUUGAAGCUUGGAGAUGAAACUGUUGACAUAAAUAACUUGGAAGAGUACAUAUCUUUAGUGGUUGAUGCAACGGUGAAGACUGGGAUUAUGCGGCAAAUGGAAGCAUUUAGAGCUGGGUUUAAUCAGGUAUUCGACAUCUCAUCCUUACAAAUAUUCUCUCCACAAGAGUUGGACUAUUUGCUAUGCGGGCGUCGAGAGUUGUGGGAGCCUGAGACCCUGGUUGACCACAUAAAAUUUGACCAUGGAUAUACAGCCAAGAGUCCUGCAGUAGUUAAUUUGCUUGAGAUUAUGGGAGAAUUCACACCUGAGCAGCAGCGUGCCUUCUGCCAGUUUGUAACAGGCGCACCAAGGUUACCACCUGGUGGUCUAGCAGUAUUAAAUCCGAAGUUAACCAUUGUGAGAAAGCAUUCUUCAUCUGCAGGGAAUGCAGCAGCAAAUGGAACUGGGCCUUCAGAAUCAGCAGAUGAUGACUUGCCUAGUGUCAUGACCUGUGCUAAUUACCUGAAGCUUCCUCCAUACUCCACCAAGGAAAUAAUGUACAAGAAACUGCUGUAUGCGAUCUGGGAAGGGCAAGGAUCCUUUGAUUUGUCUUGAGUUUCGACUAACUGGUUGACGGGUGUAUAUUUUGUCACAAGAAUCUUCAUCAUGGUCAUUGCUUUUUCUUUUUUCUCUCCUGGAUAAAUUUGAUAUAGGAAUUAGCAACUGUCCUGCUCAAUAAUGGUUUCUUUUUUGGUGGCCCUUUAAACUAAUGGAGUCAUCAAUGUCAGUUCCUAAAAUUUUUAAGGAAUCGUUAUCUGGUCGGGUUUUGUUUAGGGUCCGAUGGAAUCUGUGCUCGGCUGGGUCUCUCUGUUGGCUUUGUAAUUUAAGUUCAUAUAUUCAAUUUAAAGAAAUUGAAAAUUAUUGUCCA